AUGAACCAAUCGUUGGGCUUGGCAGAAUGGGACAAGCUGGCGUUGAUGGUAAUCACACUAGUUGCGGUCAUUGUACGCAUAUGGAGGAUCUCUUGGCCAGAUGAAGUCACCUUGGAUGAGGCUAAUAUUGGCAAGAUGAUCAAUAGAUAUAUUACGGGCGAAUACGCGUUUGACGCACAUCCACCGCUCGGAACCAUGAUUAUGGCCGGAAUUGCCGCAAUGACCCGUUAUAACGGUACUUUUGCUUUUGAUGAAAUUGGCGAUUUGAUUCCCGGAUCAGUUCCAUAUAUGUCAGUGAGGUUAAGUAUGGCCAUAUUGGGGGCGCUCUGCGCCCCUAUGGCGUUCAUCACUCUGAAGACAUCUGACCAAGAUACUCCUGCUGCGCUUCUUGCUGCAUCGAUGAUCACAUUUGAUAACGCUUUGGUUGCCAACAAUCGUCUCUUUAGCCUUGAUGCGCCCUUGCUGUUCUUCUUCUCUGCAACCUUUAUGUUCUGGAGCUUUUUUAAGAAACAUUCAGCAAAACCUUUCACUAUCACAUGGUGGUUAUACUUAGUGGCUACAGGGAUAUCGAUGGCGUCAGCGGCAGCUGUCAAGUUGAUAGGAAUAGUAGCUGUUGUUACUGUCAGUCUAUUCACAUUGUCAGCUCUGUACUCUUUGGCCAUUGAGCCCUCUGUUAACACGUUGAUGUGGCUCAAGCAUGCUACAGCACGAGUGGUUGGGUUGAUAAUGAUUCCCAUCCUGGUUUAUACAUCUAUCUUUCAUAUUCACUUUCAAUAUCAAUCAUAUCUCCCGUCGGACCCUAGUUCAGCUUUGGCUACACACGAUCUAAAUCUACUCAGCAGAUCUUUCCAUCGGUCCUUAAUCUCCAAACCCAAGGCUGACAAGGAGAAAGAGAGAACAGAAACCCCUAUCUGGAGCGAUAUCGCCUUUGGAUCUGUGGUCCAGUUACAGAAUGAAGAUACUGAUGGUAUGUUCAUUCACUCCUUUCAUAAUAUGACACCUGGGAAACCAGAUCAACAGCAAGUGGGCGGCUACGAGUAUCCGGACCUGAACACCCAUUGGAUAGUUAUUCGGGCUAUAUCUGGCAACGCUGACGGUAAUAAGGAUAAUGAAAAUGAUGAUGAGAAAGAUGAGAUCCCGACUCGCUUGCAAUACCUCAAACAUGGUGAUACGCUACGGCUACGACACGUCCCCACAAGGCGUUGCUUACACUCGCAUAAAGUGGCUUCGUAUUCAAGCAAAGAAGGUCAGCCGCUGUUUGAGGUAACAGCGUUUGGCACCCAUGACCGAGAUGGAGACUACAACGAUUGGUGGACCAUUGAAGCUGUUGACCCUGUGGCUCGAAAAAAAGUGCUUGAAGAAACUGAUCAGCAGAUCAAGGCUCUUAGGACCGCGUUUCGACUGAGGCAUACAAACCUUGGCUGUUACCUCUAUGCCACCACAAUCAACUUACCAAAGCCCUGGGGUAGGGGGCGGAAGGAAUUGGUCUGCCGCCCAGAUGUCGGCGUCCGGCCUCGAGCCAUUUGGCGGUUCACAACGAAUUUACAUGACUAUUUACCAUACGAAACCCCUUUAGCAAGUUUUCCUCAACUGUCAUUCUGGCAAAAGUUUAUAGAGAUUCAUAGCCUUAUGUGGGCCCACUACCCACUCGCGGAGUCUGCAUUCCGCUCUGCACAAGCACAUCCGAUCCGAUGGCCUCUAGGCCAAGCCAUGAUCCAUGUAUGGGCCGGGUAUAGACGUCAAAUCACAGUUCUUGCAAAUCCAGUCGUGUGGGGCAUAAGUACCAUGGGUAUGAUUACAUACCUUGGUCUUGGUGUCUGGUUCAUCCUCAGGAAAAAGCGCGGCUAUACCGAGACUGGAUUUAUGGCAGGUAAAUAUAUAUGCAGGUUCCAUGCGAAUGACGCUCGUGCCUACUUUGCAGGAUGGAUCAUGACUUAUUUACCGUUCUUCUUUAUCGACCGAACAUUACUGAUGCAUCACUAUUUCCCUGCGCUCUAUUUCUCGGUCUUGAUCACGAGCUCCUUGAUCACUAGGGUCUCUGGCUUCAUCUCAAAGAAGGCUCGUGUAGGUUUAUGGGCUGGGCUGAUCGCGUUGCUUAUCAUUUGGUUUGUUCGGCUAUCACCCCUGUCAUACGCAUCACCACUGACGCGUGAGCAAUGUGAGUCGAUCAGCGGAUGGGUCAACUCCUUCUACAAAGGCCCACACGAUCAAAAUAUCCUAAACUGCGCUCCUUUCCCAAUGGCUAGCAGCCAACAAAUGACAUUCAUACAACUGAAGAAACAAACUCGAUUGACAAAGCAGAUCAAGAAGAGGUUCGGCACUGUGCCGACUGCAGCUGCAGCUGCAUCAGUGGCACCAACAGCAUCAGUAGCAACCACAUCAGGAGCGUCCCACAGUCUUGUAUCCGAAUCUCAUCAGCUACUCUCAGAAUCUUUUCUUCCCAAAGUGGUUCGCCCACAACCUCGACCUCACUCGCCUGUUUUGCCUAUGAAUUACCCACCAAUGGAUCAUCAUUUGCCCAUGCAACACCUUGUCAUGGUCGGCCCUCAAUUGCCACCUCAAUUCCGGAAUACAGAACCGGGUACUUGA